UCCAGCCUUAUAUUAAACCUUGCUUACUUGAUUUUACUGUACUCACUCUAAACCCUCACUCUAUCAAUCUGAAGUCUGAAGGACUAAGCCUUUCAUCUCUUACAAGACGAUGAAGCUAUCGCGAUUACUGCAGCAUUCCAGAGAUGCUUCAAGGUUGCAAGCUCUUACAUUCCAGGCUGGCAUUUCAACUGCUAGGCAGGAUUUUGCUGCAAACGAACGUAUAUAUGCUCCUUACUCUGUUUUCAAGGGAAAAGCUGCACUCUCAGUUCAACCUGUCCCACCAACUUUCACUAAGUUGGAUUCAGGGAAUGUUAAAGUUGAACGCCGUGGUAUUAUGAUGUUGACUUUCAUGCCUGCUAUGGGUGAGCGCAAGUAUGACUAUGAAAAGCGGCAGCAUUUUGCUUUGUCAGCAACAGAGGUUGGUUCUUUGAUUAGCUUGGGUCCCAAAGAUUCUUCUGAAUUCUUCCAUGAUCCUUCAAUGUUGUCAAGUAAUGCUGGACAAGUGAGAAAGAGCUUAUCAAUUAAGCCACAGGCAGAUGGUGGUGGUUAUUUUAUGUCAUUAACUGUUGUUAACAAUAUUUUAAGAACCAAUGACCGAUUCAAUGUUCCUAUCACAGCUGGCGAAUUUGCAGUUCUGAAGACAGCUUGCAGUUUUGCAUUGCCCCAUAUCAUGGGUUGGGAUCGGUUGACUGCCAAGCUGCCCAAAGAGAAGGUGGGAAGUCCACCGAAAGCGAAUCAGCUAGAGCCUGGUUUAGAGUGGGAUAGGUGAAGCUAUCCACCUCAUGCUUUGUAGAUUUAGAGCAUUGACAUUUUGGUUUUGCUGAACAAUGCAUCUUUGUGUUACAUUUGCUAACAUGAAACUAAACUAGAGUGUUCGGAUCCAGUUUGGUUUUCAGUUCUUGUUAAGAACCAAAACCAAACCAAAUAUAACUAAAUUUUUGGUUUUGUUUUGAUUUGUUUUUUCAAUGUUUUAAUUUUGUUUUAGUUUAUUUUUUUAA